AUGCCUCACCUCGAAGCCUCGGGAGAGCCGGUUGUUCCCCGUACUGCGGUCGGUCACCCCGGCUCUGAGCUGACAGCUGCCCAGAUCUUUGCAAACCAUGCCCUCCGCGCGCGGUUAGCAGCGCAGUACAAUGAUCUGUGGCAGACAUACAAGAUGGAUGCCAUCCUGGCACCGGUUGCUGCCCACCCGCCAGCUCCGCAUGGGCGGUACAUCAGCAACUCGUAUUCAACGAUUUACAACAUGCUCGACUAUGCUACGGGUAAUAUUCCCGUGACGACAUUUAAUGCAGAUAUCGAUAUGCCGGAUGAACCAUGGCUGUCGAGGAAGCCGUAUGAACGAAUCGAGCCGGAGCUCUUUCCGUAUGACCUUGGGGAUAAAGAGCACCAGGAACUAUAUACUUCGGCCGAGGAAUUCAAAAACGCGCCUGUUGGCGUCCAGAUUGCUUGCCGAAGGUUUCAGGAGGAGAAGGUGAUUUCGAUUCUGAAGGAAAUUGAGGCAUUGCUCAAGAAUGAGAAGUAUGAAUGGGGCUCUAUGGAUAGAGUCGAUGUUGGAUAA